AUGAUUCGAAAAGAAGCAUAUGUACACCCAUGUGUGAUGGAUGAGUUAAAGAGGAUUAUUGUAGAUUCUGAAAUAAUGCAUGAAGAUGACCGCUUAUGGCCUCAACCAGAUCGUGUUGGUAGACAGGAGCUAGAAAUUGUAAUUGGUGAUGAGCAUAUUUCAUUUACCACUUCAAAAACUGGAUCUUUGGUUGAUGUCAACCAGUCCAGAGAUCCAGAAGGUUUACGCUGUUUCUACUACUUGGUGCAAGAUUUAAAAUGCCUUGUAUUUUCUCUAAUUGGUUUACAUUUCAAGAUUAAACCGAUA